GGAGGGGAAAUGGCUGCCGAAAACAAGCCGGAAGGACUGAAGAAAAUCCGUAAUCCGGAUCGAAUGUACAGAACUGCUGUUGGUUACACUGGCCACGUUCCUCCUAAGAGUGUCAACGAUGACACAGACAACAACAAUGAACAUGGACAUUUGAAAAUCUACCUGCCCAAGAAGCUUCUGGAAUGCCUUCCCAAAUGCUCCUCCCUGCCCAAGGAGAGACAUCGCUGGAACACCAACGAGGAAAUUGCGGCCUACUUGAUAACAUUUGAAAAACAUGAAGAGUGGCUGACAACAUCGCCCAAAACCAGGCCACAGAAUGGGUCUAUGAUACUCUACAACAGGAAGAAGGUGAAGUACAGAAAAGAUGGCUACUGCUGGAAGAAAAGAAAAGAUGGCAAAACCACUCGGGAGGAUCACAUGAAACUCAAAGUGCAGGGAGUGGAGUGUCUUUACGGCUGCUAUGUCCACUCCUCCAUAAUUCCCACAUUCCACCGACGCUGUUAUUGGCUACUUCAGAAUCCUGACAUUGUGCUUGUCCACUACCUGAACGUGCCUGCCAUAGAGGACUGUGGGAAGCCGUGUGGACCUAUCCUGUGCUCCAUCAACACAGAUAAGAAAGAAUGGGCCAAGUGGACCAAGGAAGAGCUCAUUGGGCAGCUUAAACCCAUGUUUCAUGGCAUCAAGUGGACUUGCAGCAAUGGGAAUAGCAGCACUGGCUUCUCAGCAGAGCAGCUCGUGCAGCAGAUUCUGGACAGCCACCAGACCAAGCCUCCUCCCCGGACUCACAACUGCCUCUGUACGGGCAACCUGGGUGCUGGGAGCAGCCUACAUCACAAAUGCAACAGUGCCAAACACCGCAUAAUCUCUCCAAAAGUCGACACGCGUGCUGGUGGCACCUAUGGCACCCACUCUGAGGUUCAGAACAACGAUGUGUCAGAGGGAAAGACGGAGCUCAGCCACAGCAGUGUAAAAAACAGCAGGGCAGGGGGCGACGGUGCAGGAGGGACGGGAGUGCGCGAGAAAAGAAACGGCAAGGUGCACAAGCCGGUCCUUCUCCACCAGAACAGCAUGGAGGUGUCCUCCACCAACCAGGUGGAAGUACCAGAUACCACCCAGAGCUCGCCUGUGUCAAUCAGCAGUGGCCUAAACUCCGACCCUGAUAUGGCCGACAGUCCGGUAUUGACAGGCAUGGGAAAUGUGGCAUCGGUAAUGAGUAGCCUAUCUCAGUCCGCCACUGUUUUCAUGUCUGAAGUCUCUGGAGACCCUGUCUAUAGUAUGUCACCCACUGUAGAUCCCAACGCUCACCUCUUGGGUCCAGACACAGCUUCAAACAGUCUGGUUUUGGCUGUGGCAGCCGAAAGUCACAAGUUUGCCUUCACUGGGUCAGUCGGUGUGGGUUUAGGUGACGGGGGGUCAGCGGACGGACUCGAUAUGUUAUCAACAGCUGGCGUAUCUGAAGAACUGGUGCUCUCUAGUAACCUGGAGUCUGGAAGUAUCAAGCUGCCUGAGACCAAUAUGAACUUCGACCCCGACUGCUUCCUUAACAACCCCAAGCAAGGUCAAACCUAUGGAGGAAAUGGGAUGAAAACGGAGGAGAGCAACGGAAGAAGCUGUAGUAACGGGAGCUUGCGUUGUUCUCCGCAACUCAAUGACAAUGGGUACUGCUUCAACGCCGCUCUGGUGAAGAACAUCAAGACCGAGGAUAUGUCAUUUGAACAACAGUUGGCUGCAGAGGGUGGCUAUCAUGUUGGGGAGGUUGUGAGUGGUGCCGUUGGUAUUUCUGGUUCCUCAAGCAGUGGACCUACCCAAAACUCCCUGGCUUUGACUCCAACUGGUUCGUUGCUACCCUCUGGAGGUGGGCUGAGUCCUAGCACCACACUUGAGCAGAUGGACUUCAGCGCCAUUGAUGCCAAGCAAGAAUAUCCAACCAGCAUCGUGUCUGCUGCAGGCUACGGCCCAGCAAUCUCCAGCUCUCACCUGGCCCACCAAAGCCAUUCACCGAGCUUCUUCCUCCAAGGUUCUCCGCAGUCCACCCAAGCCCAACAGAACAACUCUGGUGCCAACCAGAACUCCCAUGACUCUGCGUACAUGGGCAUGUCUGUUGUCAAAACGGACUCAACGGGCACCGAUGGGCAUCUGCACCACCAUCAUCACCACACUGCCUCUAAUUGCAACGGUAACUCUCCAACCGAACAAAAUGGGCAGGCUGGUUCUCUCCAGCUUUUGCAGUACCAGAACCGCUUUACAACUCCAGGUCAAGACCAUGAAGAUAUUGGUGGUUUGGAGCAGUCAACAGGAGCAGAAUCAGGGGAUGGAAGCUCUCAAGAAAAGGAGAAUGAGGGUUUGAUGAAACCAGGUGACCGUAUGCAGCCUGUUGGGGCAGGAGAAACCAAUGGUGUUCGAGGCCCGGAGCACUACCUCCAGCCGUCAAUAGAGGGUACCGGGGUGGGGCAAGGGAAUGGGGCAACGAGCACAAGGACGGAAAGUGGAACCCUUUGUAAUGCCGUUGAGGGAAACGGAACCACAAACAGCCCCCAUCAACAGCUACAGCCGCUUCUACAAGGAGCCAGUUUGGUGCAGGGACUUUUCAGUGCCAUAGGGACCCACGGCAGUGUAACCAACGGAGGAGGGUCCAUGGAGAUCAACCUGGAUCAUUUCGAUGUUUCCUUUGGGAAUCAGUUCUCAGAUCUCAUCAAUGAUUUUAUCGCUGUGGAGGGUGGUAGUGGUGCAGCUGUAGUGCCGGGUGCCAACACGCUGUAUGGUCACCAACUCAUUGCACAUUCAGGAACAGAGGGGCAGGUUUCCUCUGGAAUCACAUCGCAGCAGGUUCCAGAAGAUGGGGCUCAUGGGGCAAGGGGGUAUAAUUCAGCAGAGCUCUGUCUCCAGCCCUGUUGCAGUCCACAGUCCACACAGGCUGGCACUGUAACAGGCGAGGCAGGGCAGCUGGCAUACAUGCAGGUGGCGAACGCUGUGUCUGCAGCUGUGGCGCAUGGAAACAUGGGAAUGCUGCAGGCCACCGGAAGGCUAUUUAUGAUGACAGAUUAUUCGCCAGAGUGGUCUUAUCCUGAGGGUGGAGUGAAGGUGCUGAUCACCGGUCCAUGGCAGGAGGCCAGCAGUGAAUACACUUGCCUGUUUGAUCAGAUAACAGUUCCAGCCUCUCUAAUCCAGCCUGGGGUGCUACGCUGCUACUGUCCAGCUCAUGACACAGGCCUGGUGACUCUGCAGGUGGCAGCCAGCAGUCAGAUCAUCUCCAACUCUGUGGUGUUUGAGUAUAAAGCUCGAGCCCUCCCUGCUCUGCCCUCCUCUCAACACGACUGGCUCUCUCUGGACGAUAACCAAUUCAGAAUGUCCAUCCUGGAACGUUUGGAGCAGAUGGAGAGAAGGAUGGCAGAGAUGGCCGGUCAACAGCAGGGCGAUGGAGGAACGUCAGAGAGUGGAGGAACCGGAGGAAGUGGAGGAGGAGAGGGAGGAAGAGGCAAUUCUGAGCAGGCACAGUUUUCACCAGGUCAGAGCCAGGGUCAGGCAGGCAGCUCCUUUGAGAGCCGUGUGGUUGUAGUGUGUGAGAAGAUGAUGAACCGGGCCUGCUGGGCCAAGUCCAAGCACCUAAUUCAUUCAAAGACGUUCCGGGGUAUGACUUUACUCCACCUGGCAGCCGCCCAGGGUUACACCACCCUUAUUCAAACACUUAUCAAGUGGCGCACCAAGCAUGCAGACAGUAUUGACCUGGAACUGGAGGUGGAUCCUCUAAAUGUUGAUCACUUCUCUUGCACGCCACUGAUGUGGGCCUGUGCUUUGGGUCAUAUGGAGGUGGCAGUGGUUCUGUAUAAAUGGGAUCGGCGAGCUUUAGCCAUCCCUGAUUCUUUGGGUCGCUUACCGCUGGCUAUCGCCCGGUCUCGGGGUCACACCAAGCUGGCAGAGUGUCUGGAAAGCCUUCAGAGGGAAGAGCAACAGUCAGGUGCACUAGCUACAACUCCCAGCAUACCUUUCUCAUCAUCUGCUGAGGCUUCAGCGGCAGAGGGAUGGAUGAAUGUUUGGGGAACUGAAACAGCUUCAGUUGGACUGAAAGAAAGCAGCAUCACCAGUUCGGCUUCAAUCUCUAGUUCAGACUUGAGGAGACCAAGGUCAGAACCAUCCAGUUUUUAUAGCAGUGUUAGUCAUGGUGACGCCCCGUUAAGUAAGAAACACAAGCCCAACCCUGAGAGCCACCAAACUCGGCCAAGCAAACCCUGUUCUGCCUCUCUCGGACUGGAAGAACAGGGCCACAAGCCUAAAACGUGCCCCUCCAAAUCUAGGGAAGGAACUGUGGAUCAAGAUCUGGGUGAUGGGGAGCAGUCUCAGACUAUGCUGGCCUCAUCUUGUGGAGGUGGCCGAUGGAGUUCGAGACGAAGGGUGACAACUGGAGGUCUUGGCAAGGAAAGGCUGGCAAACAGGCUGAGAUUAAGAGAAAUGGCUAGCACGGGAACAAUCUCUGAUCUGCGGACAAGUCAAGAGGAUUUGGAGAACACAGGAGAUUUGCAGAACAUGAACAUGAUGACUUUAGCAGAGGAAGUCAUUGCGGCAACGUCUGAUCGCAUCAAGAGGGAAAACUUUGCGUCAGAGUCGACACUAGACAGUGUCAACACCAUGAGCUGGUUGGCCAGUUACCUUGGAGAUGCAGAGAGGUUCCUGUUUAACAAGCCUCUUGCUUCCGGGCCUGGCCUGGGCACCGUCCAUAGUGGAGGACAGCCAGAACACGAUGGUCCUCUUGGAAAACUGGGCUUUCAGUCCCCUGCGGAAUGGACUGCUCUUCUCAACGCCUCCCACAGCAAGGAAGAGCGCGAAUUGACCCAGCUGGCGCUGUCUGAUCCUGAACAGAGAGAACUGUACGAGGCAGCCCGCCAGGUCCAGAACACCUUCCGCAAGUACAAGGGUCGUCCGCUGAGGGAGCAGCAGGAACUAGCAGCUGCUGUCAUUCAGCGUUGUUAUAAGAGGUACAAACAGCUGACAUGGAUAGCCUUGAAGUAUGCACUUUAUAAGAAGAUGACGCUGGCCGCCAUCCUUAUCCAGAGUAAAUUCCGCAGUUACCACGAACAGAAGAAGUUCCAGCAGAGUCGCAGGGCAGCUGUGCUGAUCCAGCAAUAUUACCGCAGCUACAAGGAGCUCGGCCGGCUGAACCCACACAGUCGAGCUACUGCAGCUGCACUGGUGCAGCACAAACUCAGAAGCAGUUUACUGACCAAGAGACAAGACCAAGCUGCCAGAAAAAUCAUGCGAUUUCUACUGCGGUGCCGUCACAGCCCCUUGAUGGACCAUAGACUAUUCAAACGGGGCGAAAGAAUUGAGAAAGGCCAAGGAACAUGAGGGCACCGCCGAGAGCCCCGUCGCAGUGUAACAUCUACAAACAGACUCUUCCUCUUCAUUAUGUUUUUACAAGAGAUAAUUUACAAAAAAAAAGCAAAAAUGAUUCACGAAGCCGAACAGAAGAGCGUGGAAAAUGCGACAGUUGAACUCUGUCAGCAGUGUGACUGAUUAUGCUACAGCAUUGUGUAUUUUUCUCGCUACAGGGGAGCUAAUCAAGACUAUUGGGGAUAUAUGACAUUACCUUCAUGGCAUUUUUGCACUCUUCAUAGAAUUUUUUCUUUAGAUUUCAAAAAAACAGAACGAAGACCAUGAAGCAAAUGCUUUUUAUUCUGACAACGCUUGUAAAAUUUGCAAGACGAACGAAGGAAACCAGAGAUGCAUCAUGCUGGAAGUCGCUUCAGAUUACAUUUUUAUAUUUUGAAAGGAAAAAAAUACAAUCAGUUUGAAAAAAAAAAGAACAAAACCUAUAAAAUGUAAACCAAAAAAGGCCUCAUUUCAUUGACCAUAUGCAUGCAGAGUAUUUGAAAUCGAUCCAUCAUCUCCGCAAAUCUUUGGUUUUGACAAAAGCUGUUCGUUCAUUCAAAGGGAGCACCUUCAUAUGAAUGUAGAUGGGGUCAGGGCAAAAAUUCUAGGUUGGAAAUAUCAGUGUCUUACUUUUUUGUCUUUAUGAGGGUUAGGGUUCUUUUGACGACGUCUUUUGGGGAUCGAAAUCGAAUCUCCUUAGGUUUACUGUUCCGUGUGCACUGUUUUCAACUUUCUUAUGGGUCCUUUUCUUAAUGUCAUUUUUUGCUGGCUCGACUUUGUGUGUCCCGUGUUUGUUGAAUUGAAUACAGUGCAUGUGAGCGAAACGCUCCUGCAUGCUAACGUAAAUGUUUUGUGUUUUAUCGUUUCUUUGUUUGUUAGUUUUAUCCAAUUAUUCAUAUUGGUGAUACUGUAUUGUGGCACCUUCAAUCUAGCACGUAUAAGCCAACCCCUUUGUUGCCCGUUUGUUUCAAAGUAUACUGGGAUAUUGAAAAUUAUUUUUGUAUUUCAUUUAUUAAUUAAUUUUAUUAGCAUUGGUUUUGCCUUUUUUGUAUUGUACUAUGGUUUUAAAUAACCUCUUUUUAAAAACGGAAUUUGUGAUUUUGUUUUUAUUUGUAUUUAUUUAUCUUAUGUGAUAUGUAUUAUCAAUUGUGCCACAGCGCCAAACUUAUUUGCGAAGGUUAUCUUCCAUUUGUGUGUGUGUGUGUGUGUGUGUGUGUGUGUGUGUGUGUGUGUGUGUGUGUGUGUGUGUGUGUGUGUGUGCGUGCUGUGAUGCGUUUUUUCAUUGUUGUUGUUUGUUGACUUCUAAGACUUGUGGAAAGCUGAGAUGAGCUUUACCGCAGUUUUGCAACACAUUGCCUUGACUUCUUGACUUUUUGAAGGGUCCCCAUACAAAAGCAUAAAAAUAUUUUUGACUAUUGAGUGGUCCCUGUAAAUAUCGCAGAUGGGUUACAGAACAUUGACAGCCAGAAACUUUUACCGAAGAGGAUUGUAUUUAAGAAUAUAUAUUAUUUUAUUCAUAAAUUGUAUUAGAACACAUUAAGAGAUGAACAAAAAAAUAUAUUGUAUAGUUUUCUUUGAACGCUCAAGAUGUACGGUUGUAUUGUUUGUAAAUAAUGUAAAUAUCAGUCGCAAAGAAGGAGCCGUGUGCAUGAUACUUUACGACACUGAACAUAAUGUAAAGAAAAUUGUAGUGGCAAUGGUCUGUUAUACGAUUUGAACAGCUUCACUGUAAGACUACUUUGAUGGAAAUGUUCGCAGAACAUUGAAGCAUGACAUUCUAGCAAAAUCACGAUAAAAUCUUAGAUUUAGGGGAAGGGCCAAACAAAUUCAUUGGACACAACUGGAAUUAUGUAUUUUUCCAUUUUUGGGUAAGCAAGUGUUUAAUAGUAUUUUGCCAAUGGUGAUCAGUCAUUAACAGGAAAUAAAUAAGUUAUUACCUUCUGAGACAGAUAUUAUCACGGUAUUGAAAAAACUAGUAUUGAACAACCAAAUCUCAUAAAAGCACUUCAACAGCUGAGGUUUCAACGAUACAGAGGAUAAAUUCUCACCACAGUUUUGUCCUGUUCAACAUGACUAGAAAGUGUUUUCAUAAUUUAUCACCACCUUUAAUUCAGCAUGAACAAUAGUAUUGGAUUAGGAUUAGUUUGGGGUUUUAUAAUUGGGUCAUACCAUUAAACAUAAUGUAACUGUUACUGUCAUCACACUAGCACACAAUAAAAACUGAUGCUAUGAAAGGGCAUAAAUUGGUUAUUAUUGACCAAUUUAUAUUAUGAAUGUAGCUGAAGACCAACACGUGCGUUUCGACUGUCAUCAGAAUCUGAGACUGCCAUUGUUCAUACUCUUUAUUUAAAGCUUUAUUUUAUUUUGUGAUUUCUGGGGGGCUGCUACCAACAUUCAAAAACCCCAUGGUUAUGUCACACAGUCACGUGAACGUUUUUCUUUAAUGCUUGUGUCAGCGUUUCAAAGCAAACGCAACAUCGUUCACAAAAACUUCGAGAAAGUUAGACUCACUGAUGCGCUGAAAUUCCAGAUGAUGAGAGGCGUCAUUUUAACUUACACCAGCACAUUUUAUCUGUUCAAAAGAAGAAAGAAAAGGAAAGAAUGUGGUGCUUAAAUGCUGAAUUGUUACGUGUGUAAUUUAAGCUUCUAUCCCUGUCACAUUGCAUCCGACCGUAUAUUUUUAACUUUAUAUUAAGUUAUAGUUGCGUUAAAGGUUGGGGUGGUCUCAAUAUCAGUAUUCAUAUAGAAAGUGCCUAAAACAUUCUACCAAUAUCAGGAGUGUGUUGUUCCUAAAGAAAGUCAGUAUUAACAGAUUGCUAAUUUUUUCACGUUACAGUAUGCAAAACUAAAGGCUGAUUUAACUGUCUAAUCUGGAAGUGUGUCAUCUCAGAGCCUAGAACUGUUUCCUCCUCUGACUCCCUUUACAUCCUUGAAUGUGGAUACAACGUAUAGGCACGUAUCAUUUAAUAUGUUUUUCAAUUACGUUUACGUCUCCAAAUUUUGUUUUUCAUGAUGUUAAAAUGUAUAGUCUUUAAAUAGGCCAGUAAAACACACUAUGCAUGUUUGUUUUUUGUUUUGAGCUUUUUCGUUUGAUUUUGUUUUCAUUUAUUUUGUUUUUAGCUUUGUUUUGUUUUUUUAGAUUUUUUUUUUCAUUUCUUUUAUUUUUAGCUUUGUUUUGUUUUGUAUUGUUUGAUUUUGUUUUUCAUUUCUUUUGUUUUUAGCUUUGUUUUGUUUUGUUUUGUUUGAUUUUGUUUUUCAUUUCUUUUGUUUUUAGCUUUGUUUUGUUUUUUUAGAUUUUUUUUUUCAUUUCUUUUAUUUUGUUUUGUAUUGUUUGAUUUUGUUUUUCAUUUCUUUUAUUUUGUUUUGUAUUGUUUGAUUUUGUUUUUCAUUUCUUUUGUUUUUAGCUUUGUUUUGUUUUGUUUUGUUUGAAUUUGUUUUUCAUUUCUUUUGUUUUUAGCUUUGUUUUGUUUUGUUUGAUUUUGUUUUUUUAUGGCUUUGUGUUUUGUUUUGUCGAAUCUGACUUGAACCCGGAAAGUAGGACCUGCUUGGAAAUGUUGACACAUUAUUUGCUUUUUGUUUUGUUUUUUGUUGUGUUAUUUUGUUUUUUGUUUUGUCCAUUACGGAUCUAAAUUUGGCCAGGAUAGUAGGGCAAGCUCAUAAAUGUGGACACAUAUCAUUUAAUCACAAAACCGUUGCUAGAUUCAGAAAAAGUUAGAGCACAACUCCUUGUGAAAGAUGGCCACAAAGCAUAUGAUGGAUUCGUCAUGUCCGUUUUCAUCAUAAUGAUAUUCUUCAAACAUUGCCACUUCAAACUUCAGGAAAUCAGAACUCAUACAUGCAUGCAGAUCAAUUCAAAAUUCAACAACAAAAUACACUUACAACAGUAAUCGGUUUAUGGAUCAACAGGUAUAUGUAUCUCAGAUGAUUGGUACCUUUUUGUUUGGGGUUCAUCUUAGGGAACAGAAAAGUCUGAAUCCCUUUUGUAGUUUUACUCAGGGUGCUAAAACAAGGAGAGGGUGUUUAGCUUGGAGACUAGAUUAGGUUCGGUGAAGUCUCCAGGAUUAACUCAGAAUCAACAGGAGAAACCACUCAUAUUAUAUACUUCCAUUUGUGCAUAACUAUAAAGUUUAUUCUGUUACAAACCACUGCUUUCAGAAAUAUCUCGGCUACAGGAUCGACUGUGCGUGUUUUUUGAGGUUUUUAGUCCAUUUUUCCAAAACUGUUCAGGUGUCAUCAUUCGUCUAACACUCAUUUAGUAUUGCCAUAUGCCAAUGGAAGUGGGAAUGCAUGAUAUACCUCAGUGUCAAAUACUUUUAGAAUAAGGUGGAUGUCCCAUAAUUUUAUGAAAUGGCUCAGAAUACAUGCAUCCUACUUUAACUGGUUCAUACUUUUUGUGUGAGAUGAGAAAUAUGCACUUUGUACAGCUCACCAUCCUAGUUUAAUUCCCUCUUCAAACCCUGGUAUGCUAUAAUUGUGUGUGUGUGCGUGCGUGUGUGUUUGUGUGCAUGCAUACUGUCUCAACGUAUGAUCUGGAUGCUCUAAAUAUGAGCGCACACGUAAAAGUUAAGCAAAAGAAGUUUAGGGCCUAAAACACUAUUGGUGCAGUUGGAAGUUUGUACGAUCUCCUAAAUCCUAUUUCACAACUUUUGGAACUCCAUAAAAAUGCAGGUCAGAUUUAAACUGAUAUACCACUCAACUAUAAGCUUUUCACUUACAAAUACAGAGCAAUAAACACUGUUUUUAGCUGAGCUCUUUGAAUUGAAAGAAUAUGGAUAAGUCGAGAAAAAAAAAGACAAAAACAUUGGGACAUGCUUAGUUCACUUCCUCUUAUGCAAUUACAGGAACACAGAGAGAGGAGUUCAGUGGUCUGUGGACAUUAAUUUCAUAUUUCCCGGCCCUAAUGCAUGUUUUCAUCAUUUUAAAAUGAAGAUAAGAAAAAAAAUAGAUAAAAUACGAGCCCAUAUUUCUUACAAACAGUGGGCUUUCAACAAACUGCAUGUGAAGCUAGUGUUAGACCUCUGUUUCCCCCUUCUAUCUCUCUCUUUCUCCUUCAUUCUUGCUUUGUGCCCUUGUACCCUCUCUCUUCCUCUGAUGAGUUUUGCCUCAUGUUCUGUUUCCUCGGCCGUCUCCCUCUUUCUGUCCUGCUUGUGAAUUUUAUUUAUUUACUUUUAUUUAUUUUAAACUUUUUGUAACUGUGCAUGUGAGAGCAUCACUGAAUUGUUGGAUAUGUUUAAAAAUAUAUAAAGAAAUAUUCAGCUGCUGAAGCCAUGCAAAACAUUUUGAAUUGCCCUUAAAAUAUGGAAAAUGUUUUCUGAAUGCUUUAUAUAAUUUCUGCUGUAAAAUAAAAUCUUAAAA